AUGGCAGCUAGUUCAAUAGCUCUGAGAACAUACAUUGCAAAACCCUUCUACAGUGAAGAUUGUGUUAUUCUCACAAUAGCUGUCAAAUUUGCCGCUGCAGCAUCGCUUCUUAUUGUAGCAUUUAUGAAUUACAUCAGCGUUCGAUCAGCCACAAGAAUGAAAGUCAUGUUCACCGCAUCGAAAUUUAUUGCAUUGGCAGCAAUUAUAGUUGGUGGUUUUAUGCGCCUGGGAAUUGGAAAUUCUGUUGUCACUUCUAACUUUAUCAACGCCUUUGAUGGGACGGAUCUGACUGGACCUACAGUAACUCGAAUUGGUGUAACUUUUUCUCAGAUCACUACACCAGGACCUUCACCCCCUAUAUAUUCACUUGCACUGGGUGUGCUUAUUCCAGGAAUUUUUGACAUCCUACUCGUUGCAAUGAGUUUUACUGGUUGGAUAUUUAUUGGACUCUGGGCAGUCGGCGUAUUGCUGCCUGAAAGGCCUGAUCUUCCAAGACCCUACAAAGUUCCUAUCGUUAUUCCUGUUAUUGUCUCAGUUUUUGCUGUCUAUCUCACGGUCGCUCCUAUGAUCAACAAUCCGGAUGUUUCGUUCCUGCGCGGAGAAAUUUUCAUCAUUUGUACACCAGUAUUGUAUUUUACAUUUGUGUACAAAAAGGUUCGACUACCAGGAAUGGACAAUAUUACUAUGUUUAUGCAAACAUUUCUCAAUGUCCCACCAACAGAUUGA